UGUCGCGCCGCCCCUAUGGCCUGCACUGAUUCGUCAUUCGUUGAUGGUCGCAACGAACCCAAAUCCCUGAUUGUCCCAGAUAACGUUAGGUGUUGCACUCCCGACCGAGACGUGGCGGACUGACAGCUCGUUUUUUGUACACUCUUUUUUACAAUUUUCUGAGAAAAAAUGUUGCAAAAUAAAACGGACAAAGGCUCAAACAGUAGCAAAAACGAACAUAGUGUAUGGACACGAGCAAUUACUGCAAAUUCAGAGUGGCCGGAUAAGGAAGAGUUUCUUGAUGUCAUCUAUUGGGGGCGACAAGCUAUCGGAAUUAUUAUUGGUAUUGCAUGGGGCCUUAUACCACUUAAAGGAUUUCCAGCCCUGUUGCUCUUUGUUCUAGUUAAUGCAGGUGUAACCUACCUUUAUUUAAGUAGUUAUCAGCAAGUUGACGAAGAAGAAUUCGGCGGUGCUUGGGAACUUACCAAAGAAGGUUUUAUGACUUCGUUUGCUGGUUUUUUGGUGACUUGGAUCAUCAUAUAUUCAGGUCUGCAUUUUGACUGAUCGGAUUGCGAAUCGGGGUGAAGAACACAGGGGGAUUUCUACUCGUUACAGCAUACAUUCAUUUUUCAAAUACAUUUUAUUGUAGAUAUCAUGAAUCGUGAAAAAAUGAAUAAAGAAGGGGGAAAAGAUUUUAAAAAUUUA